AUGAUUAAUGUUGCUUUAAGAUAAAUGAAUUUAACAGAAUCAUGUGUAAGUACAUGGAUAAGUUAAGAAGGAAAUUAUGGAUUUGUUGAAUUUAGAUCAGCAGAUGAAGCUACAAGAGCAUUAAAUUCAUUAAGUAGUGUAUAAAUUUUAGGCCAAUAAUUAAAAGUAGGCCGUCCAACUUAAUAUAUAUAAUAAGAUAAAACAACAAAUCCAUAAGCAAAACCAGCAGUAACUACAGGAUUUAAUUAAAAUGGCCAAUUAGAUAUAUUGAAUUUAUUAAAUCCAGGCUAAAUAUUACCAAACACAUUAGAAAACACAGCUAUUAUACAGAGUCCUGUUGAUAACCAAAAUAUAAUUAAUACUCCUAAUAAUAUAUUAAAUAAUUUAAAUCCUGUUGCAAAUUUUGCUAAUAGUAUAUUAUUAAAUGGAAGUCUUUAACAACCUAUAAUUCCUUAAAUAAAUACUCAAACAAAUAUUCCUUUAGUGUAAAAUGCAACCCUAUCAGGAAUUCCAGGAUUAGAUCCUUCUAAAUAAAUACCUUCUUAGAUUAUUAAUAUAAAAAUUUAAGUACCAACAUAAGUCCUAGUUUUGAAAAAUAUGAUAAAUGAUGGAGAACUUAUUAUCGAUGAAGAAUAUAAAUAAAUCGAAGAAGAUGUUAAAGAUGAAUGUUCUAAGCAUGGUAAAGUGGUUAGUAUUGCUAUUCCAAGACCUUCUGUAGAUGAUGUUAAAGCUGGAAAAGAACAUGUUUUAGGAAAAGGAAAAAUUUACGUUGAAUAUGAAUCUAUUGAAGCAGCAAGAGAGGCUAGAAGAUAUCUUAAUGGAAGACUUUUCUCCAAUAGAACAGUGCAAGUUAGCUAUUUUAAUUAUUAAAAAUAUUUAGAACAAGAUUAUGAUUACUAAAUUAAAUGA